AUGCAGCCGGCCGUUAGACCCAAUGAUGCCCGCCGGUGUGGCAGGCAUCGCGCUGCUGGUUUCAAGCCCCAAGUUUAUCGGGUUGUGGAGCUUGCUCAGGGGACAGUCCCCAGUACGGAGGGCAAGCUUGCCAGUGGAUCCGUCUCGGGUACAGCCCUCCGCAGUGUCGCACACUUCUGCAUCGGAAUUGGGAAAGAACUGUGGCUGGGGCUGAAAUGGGCGCCGACUCGCCGAGGUCCGCAGGAUUCCGUGAAUGGAAAGACCCCGAGGCUAGCUCUGUCGUGGAAAGAGGUACCUUUUCCUUCCAUGGAUAUGGAGGGGUUCAUCCUGGGGCGAUGGUUCUUUGGUCGUCGUUCAAUAAUCGUCCGGGCUGAGGCCGAACUCGGCCGAGUCACGUGGGCAGAGGGGGAAAUGUCCCGCUGA